GGCGCAGCUCUAGGGGAGAAACUCGGCUCCUCUCUGUAGUGUUUGUGCAGAGCAGCGAGGAGGAGCAGGCUGUAAAAAAAAACUUUCCUCUGAAACACACAACAGACGUUUCUGUAAACACACUCCAUACCAUGCAAGAAGAAGAGGAGACCUUUCUGCCUGAACACAGCUUCACAUUGUAGUCCUCCAGCAGUUUCCGGAUACCAGCCCACCACUGUUUCUGCUCUGCAUCUGUUGGGAUUCCUCCUCUCGUUUAUCUGUGAUAACUUUACACUUAAUCCACCUUUAAACCUGCUGCAGCCACAACAUGGAGAGUGAGUGAGAACAAGGAUGAAAUCUUCGCCCGCAUUGAAAAGUUGAGCUCUGUGCUCGAGUUCACCAGGGCCACUUCCUGAUGAUGACAGUAAACAUGGAUGACGGUCUCCAAAAUGGACCGGGACAGCACAGGAACUCACAAGAUGACGAGGAGGCGCUGAACUCUAUAAUGAAGGACCUGGCAGCCCUGGGCCGCUGCUAUACCCAGCGCAACAGCCACAAGCCAACAAUCAGAACAUUGCUCUACAAACAGGAUUUAAGAGUCAAGCUGGAGCAUGAGAGAGAAAAACGGAUCAUCCCGUUCCAGAGGCCGCUGAAGAUCAAGGAGCUGCUGCAGAAAGUGACCGAGGCCUUCGGGCAGCAGAUGGACAUGUUCUUCAUGGAGAAAGAGCUGCUGCUGCCCCUGAAGACGCAGGAGGACCUGGACCAGGCGGUGCUGACGCUGGGCUGCAGCACCGGGACCAACGGGCUGCUCAGGAUCCUGCUGAAGACCCCGAAGAACAACCAUUACCUACAGGUGAACAGCAGGGACAAACAGAGCGAGAUGCGGUCUUCACGGUCACUGGGAGAUCUCAAGGGCUCCCUGCUCAAAGGCUCGGAGAGGGUCCGCAAACACUCAACAGGUUCCCUGCACACGGGUCGUACGUCCCCACCUCCGGGCAGCGUUCCCGAGGAGCAGCAGCAGAUCGCUCGCCAGGGAUCCUACACCAGCAUCCACAGCGAAGGGGAGUUCAUCCCCGAGACCCACGACCAGAACAUGCUGGAUCCAUUCGGGAGCGCAGACAACUCGCUGUCGAGCAGCUGUCAAUCAAUAGAUCAAGCCCUGGACAGUCCUCCUUUCUCGCAGAACAACCGGGACAAUAAUUACCCGAACCUCAACUACGAAUACAAAGGUCGCCACGGGAAAGGAGGGACUUUCCCUCGCCAGUUCCAGUUGCCCAAUCGCAGCAAGGAUUAUGACCGGCGCAGGACACUUCCGCGCAGCUUCAUGCCGCAGGAGAACCUGUUCCAGCUGGUUCCUUCCAGCCGGACACGCAGUUACAACGGGGAAAACACGCUGCAGUACAGCGACCUGCGCUCUCUGGGACGCAACGGCGACAAGAGCCAGCGGGGAUCAGCCAAGUCGCCACGGGCUCCAGUCAACUGGCGUCAGGGAAAGCUGCUGGGGAGGGGGGCAUUCGGGGAGGUUUACCUCUGCUACGACGCCGACACCGGCCGCGAGCUGGCCGCCAAGCAGGUGCCCUUUGACACCGACUGUCAAGAAACCAGCAAGGAGGUGAACGCUCUGGAGUGUGAGAUCCAGCUGCUGAAGAACCUGCGUCACGAUCGCAUCGUUCAGUACUACGGUUGUCUUCGGGACCUCGAGCACAAGAAACUCACCAUUUUUGUGGAGUUCAUGCCCGGGGGCUCGAUAAAGGACCAGCUGAAGGCCUAUGGGGCUCUGACGGAGAAAGUGACCCGGAGAUACACCAGGCAGAUCCCAGGAGUCUCCUACCUGCACAGCAACAUGAUCGUGCACAGAGACAUCAAAGGUGCUAACAUCCUGAGAGACUCGACAGGGAACGUGAAACUGGGAGACUUUGGAGCCAGCAAACGUAUCCAGACCAUCUGCAUGUCAGGAACAGGAAUCAAGUCCGUCACCGGCACCCCCUACUGGAUGAGUCCUGAAGUCAUCAAUGGGGAGGGAUAUGGUCGAAAAGCAGAUGUAUGGAGUGUGGCCUGCACCGUGGUGGAAAUGUUGACUCAGAAACCCCCGUGGGCCGAGUACGAGGCCAUGGCAGCAAUUUUUAAAAUCGCCACGCAGCCCACGAAGCCCAUUCUUCCCGACUCCGUGUCGGAUGCGGGGCGGGACUUCCUCCGGCAGGUGUUUGUUGAGGAGAAGUGGCGGCCGACUGCGGACGUUCUGCUCAGCCACCCAUUCGUUCAGGGCUGUUUCUGAGGACCCGCACCCCCCAGCUCUCCCCUCCUAUCCUCUCCUCUCCGGGCCUGCCCCCUCCAACUUCCUGCUCUGACAUCUAUCACCAGUGUCUGCCUUGCCAGGAACGCUGCAUCUCUCACCAACUGCACUGAAAAACUGCAUGGUUGACUUUAAUAAAGUGUAUUAUGUCAACAGAUUUCACUUAGUAAUAGACAGACAGACAGACAGACAGACAGACAGACAGACAGACAGACAGACAGACAGACAGACAGACAGACAGACAGACAGACAGACAGACAGACAGACAGACAGACAGACAGACAGACAGACAGACAGACAGACAGACAGAUAGAUGGAUAGUAGAUACUUAGAUGUGAAAGGUAGCUGUUGUGCAAAUAGUUGUAGAGAGGGAGACAUUGAAACUAUGGAGCAGAAUCCAAUUAUGUGUAAUCUAUUGCGAUCACACAUUGAAUUAAAGCCAGCGUUGCAGUUUUUUCAGUGUGGAUGAAGCCUGAUUCAUCACCAAGAGGCCAGGUCGACGUCGAGUGUGUUACCCCAAGAAGGGAACGACGACAAAGCACUUAGCGGCUUCACACGCUCCUGACUGCAAGAGCGGGAAACGUGACCCAAGAGCGGUGAAGCCUCAAGAUUUUUGGGGGGUUUUCUACUCAUUUACUGCCGCAGAACAGUGUCCAAGGGUCGGCCCGGAUACUGUGUGACGGUGGCUGACACUCCUGUCAAACACACCUGAUAGUACUGUGAGUCAGUGGUUCCCAACCGGGGGUAUGGGGUCCCCUAAGGGUGUGUAGAAAGAUUAGGGAUUGACAUUUAUUUCCAAACAAAAAACACUUUUAUAUAAAUGUUCAUAAGCCUGGUUUCCUGACCCCAGAACUAUCAAAGCUUAUAAAGACAAGCAAGCUCAAGUGUCUUAAUAAAAACAGCUAGAAGUGAGUAUCAUUUUUUCACCCACAUAAGUCUAAAUGUGAAGUUUUAAGGGUGAGUCAUACAAGGGAUUUUCAUUUAGUAAGCAGUUUGGUUUAAUACAAGAAGAAUGUAGGCGAAUUAUCCCAGAUGACUGGGUUGGGAACCCCUGCUGUGUGUUACUCAUCAGCUGUGUGUGAUGAUAGAUUAUUUUUAUAUGACAUACAAUACAAAGUUUUCUAUCGUCACCUGAAAAAAUGUCAAAGUAUUUUUGUCAACGCCUUACAAUAAGAGUUUGUAAGUAAGAAUGUCUUUUUUUCACGGCACUCCAAAACCCCUCCGCCCCCCCACCACCCGUUUUUAGAAGGAUUGUCAACAUUGCACUUUUGAUAUCAUGCAUUGAAACAUUUUCAACGUGCAGGAUAAUCAACGGAGAUAUUUUUCUAUUUGAAGCAUUUUUUUUAUACCAUUGAGAAUUGUCGUGUAAAGAAAGCAGAACCAAACUUUUGCAUCAGUGUCGAAUAAGCAAUACCAGCUGCACGGUUGGAGUCUGUCAUUCCAGCUUCCCAUGCAGUGAACCUUGAGUCCAUUGGAGAAAAAGGUAGCCAAAGAAAAAAGUGUCAGAAACUUUGGGCUAUGUUAAUGUUCAGUAUUAGUCAUUAUGGGUCGUUUUCUCACCUCAGAGCCCUAUAAGCCUUUUCUAUGUUACGGCAGCUUCGUGCACAGUAGUCUGCACCGACCAAAUCACAUUGUAUCAGUAUGAAAAGAAAUCCAAUUUUGUUCAGUAUGAAUCCAGUCACCCCAUGCCUUCACGUUGAUUUAAUGACCACUUGACGGGACACCUCAUGCUGUCAUAACAUCGGGGUCAAGUUCAAAUCCAGAGCUAAAUGCUGUUAUCUUUCAAAUGGAUGUGUAGUGAUACGGUGGCACUUAAGGAACGAUCAAAUCUCUGUACACCCUUGUCAGUGCCUUAUCUGAAUGUGCUUGUAAACAGAACUGUUCACUGCCAAAGCGGAAAGCUUUUUUUAAUGAGGUGAGCAAAAGAGAGCACACACAGGAUUUGCUGAAGUUCUUUUAUACGAUAGAAAAAGAUUAUACUGUAAAUACAUAUUGUUCUGCACUUUUGUAUGAAAUUUCUUUACAUUCUAUAUAAAUCUAUUUGAUGAAAUAGCUACGUUAUACAGUAGGUUGUACUGUGAUUUAGACAGGAGAGUGUUUCUCUUUGAGAGCUGGCAGUAGGCAGGAUGAAGCGGCUGGAGGCUUUUGAUUGGGACAGAGUUUGCUUUGUCUUGAUGACGAAGCCUUGAAACAUGAAAUGUAUCGAGUCAUUGAUCUUUUGUACAUUUAACUUAAUAAAUCCAAGGUCUAAGACUA